AUGUACGAUUUUAGUCUUGGUUCCAGCAACUCAAAAGUUUUACUUAAAACAGACGCAAUCUUAGGUAUUAACAAAACCAUACAUUUAAAUCAUUUUUCAAACGGUAGUGUAUCAUUGGAAGGUGAAACAGACUGCAAUUUAGAUAACAAAACAGAUUGUUAUAAAGUAAAUAAAAGUUUAGUUGUAACAUUCUGGCGAGAAAGUUCGCGUGAUAAAUGGUUGGCAAAAAAUAUGUUAAAAGUAUUUGAUGAAAAACAUUUCGUUCGUAUGAUUAUGGUACAUGACGACUCUAAUUGGUCAUCCUAUCCUAAUAAAGAUCGAUUUAUAUGGAUACAUGUUAAUGGUCAGAAAAGGUUUUGGUAUAUCAAACGUUUUCUGACACCUACCAUACUGAGAGCAUAUACGUAUGUAUGGAUUGUUGAUGAUGAUAUAGAAAUAUUGUUUCAACCAUUACAAUAUGAAUGUGUUGCUACAAAACUAAAUGUCCAUUUAUCAGCUCCCGGACGAUUAAAUGGCGCUGUUUCUCAUGCAAUUACUCGUACGCACAAAGAUUUCGCUGGAAAAAUCGGUCGAUGGACAGAUUUGGUCGAGAUUGGUCCUAUCGUAGUUGGUAACUUGUUAGCAUGGGAAUGUAUAUGGAAUUUUUUGAGUGCCUCUGUUGGAUUAGGUUGGGGACUCGAUCUUGUUUGGUGCAGACUUAUGGCUCAUAAUUGUAAAAUAUCGAAUGCAACUAUACAAACAACAUGUGCAAUUUUUGAUGUUUUUCAACACAAUCACUUAUCGAAUAACAUUGCAUCUACAGCAGCAGGAAGUAAAGAAGGGCCAGCAUAUAAUCAGUAUUAUAAUGAUUUUCACACUAAGAAAGUUAUUUUUGGUCCAUUGGCAAAUGAUCUCACAGUCUAUUCAUCUUGUACAUGUCCAGAAGGAAUAAAAUGUGCUCCUUUAAUUACUGAAUUAAAAUCUGAUUACUAUCGUUCAAAAUUUCAAACUAUUGUUCUUAGUACUGGGCAACAUAGAGAAAUUUUACAUCAAAGCUUAAUGGCAUUUAAACAAACAAUUGAUAUUGAUUUAGAUUUAAUGAUGGAUAAUCAAAAUUUAUCUGAUUUAUUUUAUCGAAUAUUUUUCCAAAUCAAUGAACAAAUAAAUCUAAUUAAACCAAAUUUAUUAAUUGUUCAAGGUGAUACAACAACUGCACUUCUUUCUGCUUUAGUUGCUUCGUAUCAUCAAAUUCCAGUUGCACAUGUUGAAGCAGGUCUUCGAACAUUUAAUUUAUCAAAUCCAUUUCCCGAAGAACUUAAUCGAAAAAUAAUUGAUUCAUUUGCUAAAGAAGUACUUAUUCGAGAAGGUGCUUAUGAAACAGAUAUAUUUGUAACUUGUAAUACUGGUGUUGAUGCAUUUUAUCAAUAUUAUAAACACGAAAAUCCAAAUAAAAAUCAUUCAGUUGUUAUUGUUGUUACUAUGCAUCGAAGAGAAAAUUUUCAAUAUUUAUUCGAUGUGUGCCGUGCUAUAAAAACUAUAGCUAACGAACAUAAUGAAAAUAUUUUAAUUAUUUUGUCUUUUCAUCCAAAUCCAAAUGUUAAAAUUGUUGAUCCAAUAUCAUAUGAUAUAUUUGGAUAUGUUUUAUCAGAAUCAGAUAUCAUUAUGACUGAUUCAGGUGGAAUUCAAGAAGAAGCAGUUAGUAUUGGAAAACCAGUUAUAUUAAUGAGAAUGACAACUGAGAGACCUGAAGGAAUUUAUCUUCGUACAAUUAAACAAAUAGGGAUUUUUUAUGAUGAUAUUAUAAAAGCAGUGAAUGAUGAAUUAAUAAAUAUUAAAAUAACGAAUCAAACAUCGAAAAGAAAUAUUUUUGCUGAUGGAGCAGCAUCAAAACAAAUUGCAACUAUUAUUGAGAAUUAUUUUACCGGAAAAUAUAAACCAAAUAUAAAAUGUAUGACAAAAUUUCGUCAAGAUUCUAUUGCUCAAUAUAUUUAUUCAUAUAUAAAUAUAUCAUCACAUGCUAUUCGACGAAAUAUGAUGAUAAAUUUAACAAAACUACAAUCGGCUCUUACUUUAAAUGAAUUUCUUAAAAUUUCUAGUCAAUAUAAUAUAUCAAAGAAAAAUGAGGAUAUAUUUGCACUUACUGCGGUUAUUGGAUUAUAUAGACGUGAAGGUUUAAUUCGACGAUGGAUUGAAGCACUUCUUAUACAAACACAUCCACCAAAGGAGAUUUGGAUUAUUCAUUUUGCUUCACCUAUUGCAGAUAAGCUUGAUGUUGAAAUUAAAGAAAUGCGUUCAUUAUUCUAUAAUGGAUCAAAUUAUUGUAAUAAAUGGUGUAUAGAAAAUAAAUGUAAAAUGAAUAAUACCAAUAAUAAUGAGAUUAGAUCUAAUUGUACUGAAAAAUGUAUAGAAUUUUGUAUGAAAUUACCUUCAAUGUUAUUCGUGGGUAUGGGACAAAUGCAAUUAAAAUAUUUUGGAAGAUUUCAACUUGCACUACAAUGUCGAACAAAAUAUGUCAUUGUUUUUGAUGAUGAUUGUAUACAGCAAAAACGAUAUUUAGAAAUUGCAAUGUAUACAAUUAAUACGAAAGAAUAUCGAGGUAUUUUAGGAACUAAAGGUACACCUACGUCGGAAAGUUAUUAUUAUGGUCCUGUAUCAAAAAGUAAUCAAAUAAUUGAAGUCAAUGUCGUUGGUGGAAGUUGGUUUAUGGAAAGUGAAUGGGUUAAACUUAUGUUUCAUGAUAAAAUAUAUUCAUGGAAUACUGGUGAAGAUUUUCAUUUAUGUGCAAAUGCACGUAAAUACGCAAAUAUUCGAAGUUUUGUUAUGCCUGUUGAUAAGAAUGAUGAUACUACACAUUCAUUUACAAAAGAUUAUUUACAUAUUAGUGAUAAAGGAGAUACAACUGGACGAGUACAUGGAACUGCAACAAGUAGAAAAUUUAUUAGAGAUCAAUUAUGGUUGCGUGGUGAUCGUUUAAUGGAUAGUUAUAAAAUUUCCAAACCAUCAUUAUUAUUAUUUGCAGAAACACAAUAUGAUACUAUGUUAUUAAUAUCACUUGUACAACAACAAAUGAUUCAAGUCGGCGGUUUAAUCCAUUUUGCAACUUCAAAUAUGUUAAAAACAGAUAUAGGAAUGAUUAAAAUUAGAGAAGAAUUUCAAUCAGUUCAUGAUUUUAUGAUUGGUCGUGAUUUUAAUAUAGAUCCAACACCUAUUACUGCUGCAGCUGAAAUGCAUUAUGGAUUUGAUAUGGUUAUGCAAGGUACACAAAGUACAGCAGUAAUUAUUCUAGGUUCUUCAUCUACAAUAAAUAUGUUUGCAUUAGUAUCAGUAGCAUUCUUAAGAAAUAUUCCUAUUAUCAAUAUCUAUAUACAAGAUAAUAUUGUGUAUUUCAAAAGAGCAGAAGUAAUCAUGACAAUGUCGUCAUUUACUAUUCAAACAUUUAGUAACUUGCAAUCUCAACAGUUAAAUAAUCUUCUAGUUCAUCUUUGUAAAUAA